GUACAACGCUUUGUGAAAUUAUAAAGAAAAUUUUUAAUUAAAUUGUUUUUCGAUAUAAUUUCAGCAUUCUUCGGCUGCUGGCAUAUUUUUGGAGAUUGGUGGUGUUGAGUUCAUGUCACAGCUGAGACCAACCAGUGAACCGGAGUUGCAGAUAAUAAUAGACAAAAUACUGGAAAACAUGUUAACAUUACCAGAUGUUGGGGAAAUGCAACAUAAAGCUGAGUGUAUCUACCACAAACAUUUACCAUCUAAAGAUGAUGUAUCAAGUAGAAGUGAUGCGAAGAGUUCUGAGCAGAAAGAUACUAGAAUACACCAUGAACAUAUAACUCAAACACAGAAUAGACCGACCUAUGAUAUAGAAGAACCACAAGUGGGUUACUUUGUACAUCAGUCACACCAACAAUCAAUCAAUGAACUUUCAGCGAAUCAACAACUACAGUUACAAACAUCACAGGGGCCUGGAUGGAAGAAGAAAGAGUUUAGAUAA